CGAUACCGCCGGCGGGAUCUGUGUUUCCGAGAGUGAGGGCUGCUCGGCGGGUCACGGCGGCCACCGGCUGGAGCCAUGACCCCGAACCUGCGCACCGCGCUCAUUUUCGGCGGCUUCAUCUCCCUGAUCGGCGCCGCCUUCUACCCCAUCUACUUCCGGCCCCUAAUGCGGCUGGAGGAAUACCAGAAGGAACAAGCCAUAAAUCGAGCUGGUAUUGUCCAAGAAGACGUGCAGCCACCAGGGUUAAAAGUGUGGUCGGAUCCAUUUGGCAGGAAAUGAAAAGGCUAGCACCACCUCUUAAUAUGAAAGUAGACAGAGUCUUCAUGCUUUCAGUUCUGCAGCAAGUACAAUAAAUCACCUGGCUAAAGAACGAUGGCUGGAGAAGAAAACUCUAGAAGGCUGUAAAGAAGAGUACUGUG